GAUGCCUCCCAUAAAAAAAAAGCUCUCCUUCCUCUCCCUUUCGGUCUCUCCCGACGCUUCCUCUCUUCCCGCAACCUACGCCUCCACCGACGCCUCCGUCUCCGUCGUGUCUUCCCCUCUCUCUCUCUCUCUCUCUCUCUCUCUCUCCCUCUCCCUCUCUCUUGACGUGGCUACUGCUGUCCCCCUCCUCAGUCUCUCCUUUCGCCUUACCCUGCUUUCUCUCUCGAUGCCGCGGCGCGCCGGCCGGCGAACAGCGCCGGGCUACACAGUGGUGCACGGGUCCCAGCGGCCCCCUGCAGGUGCUCGCCGCUGCGGCUGCCACCCCUCUACGGCUUGCUCUCGUUAGUCCGCGUGCGCUCCUGGGCUCGAAACCCUAGCACGCCGGAACCCUACCUGCCCGUGUUUCAGGCCUCUGUCUGUGCAUGGCUCUUCCUCGACCACGACUCUGGUCGGCGGGCAGUCAGAUCUAGAGGUACCUCAUCCUCUUCUCCUCGUCCCCCCGGAUCGUGUGUGCACCUGACAUCCGUCAUUGUGCGAUGAUUAGUUGUUUUAUUCUUCAUGUUAUGUACUGAGGUUUUGGGGAUUGUGCAAUGAUGAAGAUUUCUCAAACUGAGGCAUUGGAAUUAUGCAAUGAUGAUUAAAUAUUUUAGUCUUCCAUGUCAAUUGCUUUACUUGGUCAGCAGUGGGUUACCAAAUUUUGUUUCAGAAAAUUAUAUAGCAGAGUUGUUUGGUUUUUAUUGGUUCCUACAUCUUGUGCAGUUGUUACUGAACAUAAUUCCAUUAUCAAUGAUGUCUUCCAACAUCGGUUUAAUAUGUUUAAUUUGUUGGUUGUUAUACUACUGAGCACACCCCACUGCCAAUGAUGAAUUUACUCAGCGCAGAUUCAUAGUCGGGUGCCUGCAAUGGGUACUGCUGUUCCGUUUUGCAACAGAUCUAUCCUCUCUGUUUUUGUCCUUAUAUGUUUUGCUCCUGUUCUCUUGGUCCAUUAUCUAAUACAUUUAGGCUUAGGCAACAUUGUCCAUGCUGCUCAGUACAGUUUGGAGGUUAGUAUAUAUUGUGCCUUUUCUGCUACAUUUUCUUUUUUUGCUUCAACUUGCUUCGUCCAUUUUUUGCUACUGUUUUUUGUUCUAAAUGCAGGAUAUAGUACUCAUUUGCAAUUUCACAAAUAUAAAAACCAAUUUUCUAUGGUCCAGGUGAGACAUUAUCUCUUUUUUUAUGAUAAAAAACAAUUUAUUAUGUCCUAGGUGACACGUUCUCUAUAGUUUCUAAGACUUAUUAAGACCCUUGCAGGUCAUCCAUUUUUGGCUACUGUUUUUUGUUCUAAAUGCAGUGCAUUUGCAAUUUCACAAAUAUAAAAACCAAUUUACUAUGGUCCAGGUGAGACAAUAUCUCUUUUUUAUGAUAAAAAACAAUUUAGUAUGUCCCAGGUGACACAUGCUCUCUUUAGUUUCUAAGACUUAUUAAGACCCUUACAGGUUCCAUUUCACAUAAAUAGGUUCAUAGCAUAUAGUUUUAGUUUCUGUUCAAAUAUUUGUCAAGGUAUAUGGGCUUUUGGAGUGUGCUAUCCAGCAUGAUCUUCCUAGGAUAUCUCCAGAAAAUAGGUGAGUUUAGGACUUUGUUUAGGGCCUUAGUCACUUUGCAUACGUCAGUGUAGGACUGCAGGUCCUGUGUUGAUCCAUGUGAAUGGUCAAUAUAUGAUGCUUAUUACCUUUCCUGUCUCAUGUUUUAGUAAAGGUGCCUAAUUCUUAUUUAGUCCAUGAUUUUCACCUCCUUGUCUUUACACUGUCAUGACUGAAUUUCUUCAACUUGACCUGGUGCUUUUUCAAGACAAAUAUUAAAAUUAUGUACUAUGGACCAAUAUAUUUUUUGCUGAUUGUUCACUGGUUUAUUUAACCAAGACAGCUAAUAGUAUUUUUCCUAAAUUAGUUGUGGAACUGACUUUUUAUGUGCAUGCUGACUGCUACGACUUUAGAUUUAGAAUUACUGAUUUGUAGUGAAGAUUUGUUUUUUUACUGUAUUAUUUUGUCAGCGCUUAACACUGGAUUCAGGAUGGGAGGUUUCUUUCAUGGAUUUCUCUUCUUGAUUGAGAAGAGGAAUGAUCGCCGUCUCUCCCCCUUUUUUUGUUCUCAUAGGGACUGCAUUACUUUGAAGGAUUUUAGUUUAUCAUUUCUAUACAUUCUUAGGUUUAUUUGCAAUGUCCUAUUUUUUUUAAUGGUGGCUUAUUUGAUUUGAUCUGAAAAUCAAGACCUGCAAAUGGUCAUGUACACAAACGUCGAGAAGGGUCAUGUACACAAACAUUGAGAAUGUUGCUUAUUUCCUCCUAAUUAUGCAGGUCAUCGGUCAACUGAAGGACUCAUUACAUCUUUACUGGAGUCCUAUGGUCUUGUAGUAUGAUAAAUCCUGCCUCUUAGCCUGCCACCUCCUCAAACUGUUAUCGAGUUUGCCGUUGGCCUAAUAAAAAAUCUUGGAUGUUAAAAACAACUCUUAUUUUUCUUCUCUUCUCUUUAGACUAGGUGCUCUCUGCAGAAUGCUUUUUACUAUAAUUGCUGAUGGUGUAUCAUGGGUCCUAUGAGAGUUCUUUUGAGUUCAGCUAAAACUUUAGAAUAUAUAUGGCACAAUUGAACCAUGCAUAUAAUACCUAACUAGACUGUGUCACACAAAGGAAGUUUGAAUAUCACAUGCAAAUAGCUAUAAAAUUCUAAGACCUACCAGCGCAGCUGUAUACCUGUACCUAUUCUGAUGAUUUUGGCACCUACUAUUGGUUAUCAAGAGUUUGUGAAGGCUGGUAGCUUCUAAAUGGUCGGUGAGUUUCUAUAUCUGCAACCUCAUAAAAAGAUAUAGGUACAAAGUGAUAUUCGUUAGGAUAUAAAAGAUCUUUCCUACUUCUUGCAUAGAUGCUUAGUAUACAUUUUAUCUGAAAUAUAUUUAGCCGAGUUGAAAGUUGCAAACGAUAUCUAGCUUACAUCAUGCAUUGUAAAAUAGAUAUGUACAGGUGAGGGAUAGGAAAUACUCCUCCGUUUUCCCUAUUUUUUUCAUUCAGAUGGUGUCUGAAAAUCAAAUGUAGAUCACUAUAAAUUCUACGAGUGGUGGAACACAUGCUCUAUUUUUAUGAUUUCAGAGCCAAUUAUUGGUUAGUACAAGUUUGUAUAGGUUGGGACCUUAUAAGCAGCCACUGAAUUUCUAUAUCUGCAACUUGAUUAGAAAAAUACUGGUGUGAAGCGAUAUUCAGUAGGCCAUUAAAGAUCUUGCCUACCUUGAUUUACAGGCUCCUGAAAUUAUGAUAUAUUGGUCACUGCAAAUUCUAAAAAUUAUGAUGAGUACAUGGGCUGAUUUUUAUGGUCACUGCAUGUUCUAGAAAUUCCCAAGUUUUGGAUUUGUUUGCUUACUGCUCUAUUUUUUAUUGUGAUGAUUGUUACCUUUGCAUCAAGAUGCCAAUAGAUUUCAUUUCUACCAUUAUUUUGGCCAUAAACUCAUGCGAGAUUCUCCUUCUUAUUUGAAUAGGUGGUCAUUUCUGCUGUAAUGCUACAGGAUAUACAGGUUAAUAUUUUUCUCUGUUGCCGACUUGCAUAGUCAUGCCUUCCUCCAAAAGAAACAGUAAGAAUACCCUUUUACUGUAUUUACUUUUGUAUUACGGUUCCUCAGUCCUAUGUAAUCCAUCAUAAUUAAAACCUGCUUGAAAUGUCAAAUUUCCAUGUUCCUCUCAGUGUUAAUGUUCCUUUUUUCCAUGUACGUCACUUAAUUCAAAUCAGUUGCAUAGUUGUCCAACCCUUUUACCUCCUUGACAAAUGUAAGCUACGCUCCUAAACAAAGCUAGGUUCCUCUCUAGGCAUUGGCCUCUGCUUAGAGGCCAGUGAAGUUGAAAAUGCCUGCCUCGAGGGAUUCCAUGUUGAAGUACUUGAGGCCAGUGGCAAGGAACAUGUUCCUACAAUGGCCUCUUCUCUUCAUGUGUGGUGUAAGCCCACAUAUACAUGUCAAUUCGAACACUGAGUGUCUCAAUAGUCUUGGAGAAGGCAGACAAUGAUGGGAGGUUCUGCGAAUCACCAAAAAUGUUUGCUAAGCAUUUUUAGUCAGCAAGGACUAAAAAUAUCAGUGACAAGAUUACCUGGAAGCUCAAUGGAAUCCCCAAAGUUUCAAUAAGUCAGGUACAAUUGUGCACUGAAUUGUAAGUGGUAAUUUCUAAGUUUCGCUUUGGUUCCCUACUGCACGUCGUACUUGCAUCUUAGGUUGCCAAUAUAGUUGCACGUCGUUCUAAACAUUGGUUGCUGUUCUAGGCAUUUGUCAAUUUAAGUGACGCGUUCCUCAAUCUCAUAGAGCUAUCGGCUAUCUCUUGCUUUGACAUAAUUGUUCAUUUUUUCUUUCAGAGUUCACAAAAAAUCUUUAUAUCUAUUGAAAUGGUACAGAAGUUAGUCAUAUUACCUAGACCACUUGGCUUCAAGGUUCCAAGCCUUGCGGAGUUAAAAAGUAAUAUGCUCAAGAUUUAUUUAUUUAUUUUCAGUUUGCUCUAUUUUGGUGCCUCUAUCAAAUUUGGCUAUGGAUAUCUACAGACUUCCAUGAGACCUAUGGUACUGAAAAGAUAUGCUAACUUUCAAACAAGUUACAAAUUACUCUUUAUAUGUGUUUUUUCCUUUGAAUUCUUUUAGCUGACCACCAGUUAUGCUUCAUAGAAUGAUUUAGGUUGCUUAGGAUCUUUUUUUCACCUGAUUAAAGUAGAAUAAUGUACUCAAAUAAUGAAGCUUCCAACUUGGGUCUAUGCUGUAGCACACUUCAUUCAGACAUAGCCAAAGCAUUUUGGUCAUGACUGUAUGGAGACAAUAAGUAGGAAAUGAAGGAAUUUGUUAAGUUAGUGGAUUCAGGGUGGCAAGAUGGCGGCGCGGGCACCUCAUCCCUGCUUUAGCCUCAUUGAGGCGGACUACGACAAGGACCACCAGGCCAAGGCCUUGUCGGAGGAGCAGAGGCCGUUGUGUGCGCUUCGUGGUCGCACGCACCAUGUACACAGCUGGAACGAGCGAUACGCGCCGUACAUUCGUCGUGCAGGCUUUCUUGAGAUCGUCUAGGUCUACAACAGUGCACUCCCCACUCUAGACCCUGCAGUUCUUACUGCUUUUGUUGAUAGGUGGAGACCAGAGACGCACACCUUCCACACACCUUGUGGAGAAAUGACUAUCACAUUGCAGGAUGUGAAGAUGAUAUUGUGUUUGAGUUUGUCUGGUCAUCUGGUGACUGGGGUCGUCGAUGAGUCUACUUGGCUAGACUUGGUGGAGCAGUUUUGUGGCAGGCGGCCAUCAGAUGCUGAAGUUAAAGGCACAAAGAAGACCUCAGGAGUGUCGACAUCUUGGAUUACCCAGAACUUUGGUGCAGGAGCACCGCCUAAUGCUCCAGAUCAUGAGGUGGAGAUGUAUGCAAAGGUGUGGUUGUGGCACUUCUUGGGGGCUUUCUUGUUCCCUGACUCCUCAGGAGAUAGCAUCAGCUGGAUUUUUCUGAGGAUCCUUAUGCAGCCACUGGAGAACAUUGCCAGCUACAGUUGGGGUAGUGCGGUCCUUGCAUGGACAUACCGUCAGCUUUGUCAGGCCUGUCGUCGGCAAUCAUCGAAUGGAAACCUAGGUGGCUGCUCAUAUCUACUUCAGGUUUGGAUUUGGGAGCGUUUUUCAGUUGGAAGGCCCACUAAACCUCUGGGUUUGCCUGUAUGGGUGCAUGAAGAUGUUGGACCCACCAUCCUUUUUCUCUGGAGAGAUGCUAAGGUAGUCAGGGGCGAACCAGACAGGAGGUAUAGGCAGUACACUGACGAGCUAGACGUGUUGACACACAACUACGUCACAUGGACACCGUGGUCUCGGUGGGAGCUAGAGGGGUACCUUAGUCCACGCUGCGAUGAGGAGGAUAGCGAUUGGCUUUACGAUGGCCCACUGAUCUUCUUUCAUGUGGUUGAGAUGCACUACCCUUGCAGGGUUUACAGACAGUUCGGGAGGCUGCAGGGGAUUCCACCGCUGUAUUCCACCAACGCUGAGCUGCAUAGGAUUGAUCGUAGGUUUCGGUCCACGCAAAAGGAUUGGGCGGUUAGGCACGAAGCACAUUUGCAGACUUGGUAUCACAGGCAGGUUCCCCUCCUCAACGAACUACCACCGCACGACCCAGCCAGAUGGAUGGAGUACCUACAGUGGCUGCACCGGAGUACGAGGACUCAUCUCAUGGUCCCGUACACCAACACCCCUGCAGAUGAGAGUGGUGAGGAUGACAUCACCGAUGCGUUCGACGAGGCGCAAAGGGUUGACAAACAGGUUCUUAGGGCCCCCUUAAAUAGAUAUGUGUCACAACAGUUGUCAAACUACUUCGAGGAAGCUAAUAGGCAACUUUUCCGGACUAGAGACGACAAGAGCAACCCUCUUCACAGCUUUGUCAAGAAAAUCAAAAAGGGCUGCAAGAAGUUAGCGGCUAAGCUGAGCUGUGCAGACACGACGUAUGAGCCUCCGUUGAACCCCAUGUUGUCUAGGAGCCAGACGGCCUUGAUGUCCACCAGCGCUGCUUCGGCUAGGGCCGCUUCUUCCUCUGUACGUACUCCGCAGUACACAGGGAAGGGUCCAGCGGACGAGGACGAUGAGGACGAGGCCCUUCAGUACUCCACGACUAGUGGCGACGACGACGACGACGAGUUACGGUGGGAGUUCACCGGUCAUGAGGAGAUGGGUACCUCACAACUAGGUGGUGCUCCUAUUGGUACACAGGGGGUGGAGUACACAUAGGAGGAGUACACACACGUCGAGCACCAGGGUACUACGUCCACACAGGAGUUGGAGCGUGUCGAUAGGCGGCAACGCGAGAGGCAGCGGCGGGACCGCACGGACGUGGGGUAGACAAGCAACGUGGUGCCUACCAAUCCUAAGAGGCGACGGAAGCCGCGAAACCGCUACACCCCUGGCGAUGAUUAGACUAGACAUGUUUAGCAGGUUAGACUUGUCAUGUAGUACCUGUGACAUAUUGUUAUUUCCAGCAUGUUGGUCUUGAUUGUACAACUGAUGUACCUUUUUUAAACAUUAGUGAGAAUUAUUUUAGUUGUUCAUUCUCUAGUA